AUGUCUGAUAAGUUGUUAUAUGCUCCUUCCCCAACCGAUUUGGGUUCACGGGUUUGCUUGAUAUCGAGGGUCCACGGCCUUCAAAAGGUAGAGGAAUAUUUCAAUAACGUCCCCGAGAGCAUGAAAACCGGUGUGGUAUUCAGCAGUCUCCUCAACUGUUACGCUCGUGAAAAGUCUGCAGAGAAAGCAGAGAAGCUCAUGCAGACGAUGAAGGAUACGGGAAUUUCCGUGAGCACGAUUUGUUACAACGUGAUGAUGAAUAUGUACUAUCAGAUGAAUGCCCACGAAAGAUUAGAUUCUCUGAUGCUUGAAAUGGAGCAAACCCGAAUUCCUUACGACCAGUUUACUCUCAGCAUCCGCCUUAGUGCUUAUGCGUCAGUUUCCGAUACCGAAGGAAUAGAGAAAACUGUGGAGAGUAUAGCCUCCAUCUCGCAAACCGCCGUCGACUGGAGCAUUUACACCAUUGCAGCUGACGCUUAUCUUAAAGUUAACCUCGUCGAUAAGGCAGUAACGAUGCUGAAGAAGUGCGAGGAGCUCGUGAACGGAAAAACCGGGAAUGAAGCAUUUCAUAUGCUCAUCAAACUGUAUGCGAAAACCGGUAGAAAAGAGGACCUUUGCCGGAUCUGGUUCCAUUUCAAGGCAGAGAGAAAAGUGUAUAACAGAGGCUACAUUACAAUGAUAGAUUCAGCUCUGAAACUUGACGAUGUUGAACUGGCCGAGAGAGUCUUAGACCAGUGGGAAUCCGGGAAAUUGUCAUACGAUUUCCGGAUCCCCGAUCUGUUGAUUCGAGCCUACUGCAAAAAGGGUCUCGUCGAGAAGGCUGGAGGGCUCAUGCGAAAGGCGGAAGCAAAUGGAGUCGAUCCACCGAUGGAUGCAUAUUCAUGCUUGGCAAGCAAGUACCUCGAGGAUAACGAGAUUUCCAAGGCGACGGAAGCGAUUGAACGUGCGAUUUCGUCACGGGCCGAUGCCGAACAGAGGCAUCCGAAGAGAGAAUUGAUGAGUCUGUGCAUGAAACAUAUACAGGGAAGAGGUGACAGAGACAGGUUGGGUGUGUUCAUGGAGUGUUUAAGAAGUGAGAAUGUCUUCUCCGCAGCUGCAGUUGAAAGACUCCAUCUUCAUCUGUCAAAUGGUCCAAAAAUAAAAUGCUAA